CAGUUAAUUUGAUGAAUGCUUUGAAAUUAGCUUGCUUAAUCUGACUUUUAGAGCGGUUAUUUUAACCAGUGUGUAAUCGUUGGUUAAUAAAUGUGAAUCAUGGGUUGGAUAGUGCUAAUAAUAUCCAUUAUCUUUGUACCUUUAUGGGAAGUAGAGACUUUAAUAUCGAAUUUGCAGAAGCCAUGCGUACCUUCAGCAUCAGUGAAAGGCCCGUGUCAUAAAUGCUUUUGUAAUUCGGAAGCUGUGUUUGAAUGUCAUGCUACUGCUUGUCAGAGAUUGACAAUUGUGAAUCCAAAUAAAUAUGUUAAAGACGAAUGUCAACCGCACAUGACGUACAAAUUUGAAGAGAUCUUCUGUAUUUGUAACUAUGAAGGGAAAUGGAUGUCUUCUAACUGCAGGGACACUUUCCAAUACCUUCGACCCAAUGAAAUGAAGCCCAAAGAUACCUUAAGAUCAAAUAUUACUUCGACAGUGCGUAGAAAUGUCAAACAUAGCGAUUUGCCACAGAUUCAGAAAGGACAGAGUUGCGUGCCCGGAAAACUAUAUAUAAUGUCCUGUAAUACGUGUAGAUGCGGAGACAAUGCCGUCCUUUUGUGUACCAAAAUGGCUUGCUUUGAAAACACGAUAUUGAAGGGAUUUAGAGAUUUAAGAAAAUAUGAACGUAACGAAAAUGUAAAAAUAAAAAUAGAUAACAAAUCCAAUAAGCAGUCAGAGAAAAAACCACCAAAGAAAAAUAGCAAAAAAUUACCAGAAUUGCCCGAAGGUGACUGUGUUCCCGGAAAAAUAUAUAGGAAAGGCUGUAAUAAAUGUUUUUGUAAUGACCAAAAAGUGGCUUCGUGUACAAAGAUUUGUGGAAAAGUAUCAUAUCGCGUAAAUGAUGAGGAAAUAGCUCAAAUUGAAGCUCGUUCACCGAUGGAUAUACCAAUGCUACCACACAUGGGCGCUGAAUGCGAGCCCGGAAAAGUAUAUCAAGUAUCAUGUAACCUUUGUUUCUGUUCAGAAGCACAUAACCUCCUUUGUACGAUGAAGUAUUGUUUGAACGUGAACAAUUAUGCGGAAAUCCAUGCCAACAAACUUAAAGGGAAGCCAUGUACAAAUGAUUACACAGAACUUUGCAGUGAAUGCAAAUGUGUUAACAAUAAAAGCGAAUGUAAAGCGAUAAAGCGAUGUAGCGGUCCGUCCAACUUACAGAUGUUGUCUUCGGCUGGAGCUAAAAUAAAAUUAACCCUCGAUGUUAAGAAGGAUAAUUGUGAACCUCUAGCGACUUAUAAAAUCCAUUGCAAUGAAUGCUAUUGCCAAUCGGAUGGCACAUUGAGGUGUACUCAAAAGGUCUGUCUUAAUUAUUCGCAGACGAAACAUUUGCAGGAGAGAGAAAGUUAUCUAGAAAAACACGGUCUUUGAUUUGAUAGUCUUAUUAAUCGAUACAGUUAAAUUAUAUUCUUACAUUAAAUAAAUGAUCCAAAAAUAA